AUCCCGAUCUGAUCUGAUCUAGGUACAAGUGUUGAUACAUGUACUAUGCCUACAAUCUUUUUCUGUUUUGUUUUUGCGAAAAAAAUUGGUUUACAUGUGGACGAGCAUGUUCUUUACUCGGUUCGACCCUGCCUCAAAGUUUACCCAAGAAAAAGAUUGGGUUUACAAGUACUCCUGUUGUUUUUGUUCAGAGUUGCAUCCACCUGUACCGAACCAAAUGUCCAAAUGCCAAGAAACGAUUAUAUAUUAGUUCUUGGAUCAGCUAUAAUGUUCCGUAGAAGCUAAUAGAUCUUUGGUUAGUUGCUUUUAUACUCUGCCUAAUUCUUUAGUACUCAAUGCGAGAAUGAUUCCAGUAUAAACUGUUGGCAGCAUGGCUUCCUAAUUUCUUGCAAUAGUGUCUGUGAAUUGUAAUUAGUUGCUUCAUUUUAUUUCUUGAGAGCCAAAACCAUGUAGGUUUGAACAUAUGGUUCAUAGUUCUGAAUAAAAUAUUUUGUGACAUGCUUGUUUGCUUAAUAUUGCAUUUCUUACAUUCUUGCUAUUGUCGGUAUUGUACCUUUAUGAAUAUAUGAUAACCGAAGAUCAUUAUACUGCAUACCCUAUAUUCUUCAGCUUUUUUGCUAUAUGCAACGCCUGAUCGAAGCGAGCAACUUUUCUUCGUGCUUUCUGCAUCAAUUUGACAUCAGUUGAAUUUUAUAUAGGAGGAUGUGAUUCUUUAAAGAAGAAAAACUCAGGAGGAUGUGAGCUCUGGUUUUAGUUUAAAUCUGAAUCUCCUUGUGAUAACUUGUCUGCGAUGCCAUGUCUAUACCUGCAUAUCGUUCCCAAUUUCUUGUUGACAUCUUUUUUUUCCAAUUCCAUGUGUCUGUCCAACUUGAGUUACUUAACAGCUCGAUGUGCUUGUCAAGACCGUAAAACUUUGUCUACUGUGAAACUAUGUUUCUUGGACUUUUUGCAAUUUACCAGGUUCAGUUAAUGGCAAGUGCAAUAGUUGAUUUGGCAAGUGCAAUAGUUGUCGUGCCUCUGUGGCACACUGACAUUACAGAUUCUCAUAUGUUAACAUCUAAAAUAUGUGAGAAAUGUUUUAUGCCUCUUAAGCAUUGAGAGAGAACACUACAUUAAUGUUCUAAAGCAAUGGCAGGUUUGCUGGACUGACAUUAUCCGCUAGAUGUGGGCACUCUUUAAAGAAAUUUGGGCAUCAUGGAGAAAUAUUGUUUUUACAGCCCAAGAAAAGGACCUUUUCGAUGCACUUGCUAAGCUUUCUGAAGUAUCAUAUGAUGUUGUUUAUUUCGGUGCUGACCAUAACCAUCGGUCGGUCAACCUCAAUGAGCACGACAAUGGCAAGGGCGAUGAGGCAGUGCUGUUAAAGCUUGUGAGUUCAAGUGACGAGAUGUCAUCUGAGAUUAACAAGGUAAAGAUCCAGGGCGUUGCUUCCGUCCCCCUCAGCUGUGACCCUCACCGGUGGCACUGCCAGCUUAUCUCCGCUCCUCCUAGCGCCGCCACUGCUCGUGGCUGCGUCUUCCGCCUCUGGCCCACUGAUGGCCGUGGGGUUGACCUUCGUGCCCUCGGCUCUGUGCAAGAAGCGGUCCUUAAUUGACCAAGCUCACGGCGGAGAGGAGAGGAUGCUGGAGUUCGCUCGACACUUUAGGUGGCGCAUCCACAAGGCCAGUGCGGAAGCUAUUGACGCCUUUUGCGCCCAUAUUGGUGUCCCCGGAACCGGAUGAGCAAAAACAUGCACCUCGCCUCCACGCUGAUCGUGCCCGUGCGUGGGAGGUUCCAACGCCUAAAGCUCACGGCGGACCAAGCCUAAAGUUCAGAGUACAAAAAUUUGGGAACAGGAGGUUCCAACGCCUCAACAAGCUAUUUGAUUGUUGUACUGUCCAAUCAUUUUUUAAUAUCUAACAUUAUCUUUAUUAGUUGUUUUUUGAAUCUCUAAUGGUGUGUGAUCUACUGCGUUCAAAUAAUUUGCCCUCAAAUCCAAUUGAUAGCCUAAUCCAACCGCUCUGCGGGAUGGUAUGGAGA